AUUAAUGACUAAAAUCCCGGGCCUGGGAGAGCGCGACCGGAAUGACAGCGAGAGCCUCAGUACACAUCAUCAUCAUCAUCAUUAUUGCUGUUAUUAAAGCGGGGAUUCGGUCCACAUUGCGGAGGACAGGGAGAAGCCGACGAUUGCCGAUGCGGUCGGCGGCUGGUUGGCAUGGAGACGGCAGGCUGGCCGGGGGAGCGCCGAGCUGGAGCCGAACCCGAGCGACCGAGCGGGAGGGCGAGCGGCGGCCAUGGUUGUCCGCAGGCUCCUGGCCACUCUCCUCAACAACGCGCAGCUGGUUGAGCGGCUGUCGGAGACGCGGGUGAUCCGCCGGGCGGCUCAGAUCACGGCCUACGCCAUCGCCCGGCUCCAGCUCGGCGGCCAUGACGCGGCGGAGAAGCUGCGCCGCUCGGAGACGAUGAGGCAGGUGCGGGACGGGGCGCUCAGGCCCGGCGACCUCGGCGAGUUGAGCCGAAGGGCAUCGCGCCUGAGGGACACCUUCGUGCGGGAGGUGAAGCGAGGCUGGACGGAGAAGAAGUAGGGUUAGCGGCGGCGGCUGCUUCCUCCGGCGCUGCGAGAAGGAAAGAGCUCCUCCCGGGAAACACAAGGCCCUCCUCGCGCGCGCGAGAGGAACCCGUCCCCAACGCUUCAGAGACAUCAGCACUCAACGAUCCAAGAUCUCAACCAGGAGUCACUGACCCAGGAACUCCAGGAGUCAUCAAAUCCAAUAACUCAACCAGGAGUCACUGACCCAGGGACUCCAGGAGUCAUCAAAUCCAAUAGCUCAACCAGGAGUCACUGACCCAGGGACUCCAGGAGUCAUCAAAUCCAAUAGCUCAACCAGGAGUCACUGACCCAGGGACUCCAGGAGUCAUCAAAUCCAAUAGCUCAACCUGGAGUCACUGACCCAGGGACUCCAGGAGUCAUUAAAUCCAAUAACUCAACCAGGAGUCACUGAUCCAGAGACUCCAGGAGUCAUCAAAUCCGAUAACUCAACCAGGAGUCAUUAAAUCCAAUAACGCAACCAGGAGUCAUGAAAUCCAAUAACUCAACCAGGAGUCACUGACCCAGGGACUCCAGGAGUCAUUAAAUCCAAUAGCUCAACCAGGAGUCACUGACCCAGGGACUCCAGGAGUCAUUAAAUCCAAUAGCUCAACCAGGAGUCACUGACCCAGGGACUCCAGGAGUCAUUAAAUCCAAUAGCUCAACCAGGAGUCACUGACCCAGGGACUCCAGGAGUCAUUAAAUCCAAUAGCUCAACCAGGAGUCACUGAUCCAGGGACUCUUCGAAGAUUUCGUCCACAUGUCACUCACUCAGGUGCAAGAUGUCACUCAGCCGGGGAGCCACUGCUGACAGUGACAUUUACAAAUCAUUGGCUGCGAAAGGAACGACUGCAAGAAAACUUGACAGGUUUGUGGCUGAACACGGUGAGCGUUGAAUUCUGUAAUGAAAGACUUUAGUUUCGGUUCUGACCUUUGCUCAAACGUGAGAAGAUCAGGAUCAGGAUUCUGCACAAACUGUUGCCCAAUGGAGAAUCCAGUCCCUUUCGGGAUUUUGCAAGAGCGUUACUGUCAUUUGUUUUAACAAUGGAAUUAUUUUGUCAAAAGUAAAUGUCAUCCCUUAAACAGAGUUGGAAUGUAAUUAAUAAUGUGACAAUUUAUGGCAGCAACAUUCUGCAAAUAAAUUGAUGGAAAUAUUAAAAA